AUGCGGCGGACAUUUCUCAGCGCACGGCCGUCGCGCGCCGUUUAUCACGCUUUCGUCGGUCAACGAGCGCGACGCACGUAUGCCACGGUGCCCACCAAGGAUGACUCCCCGCCGUCGCCAAUUAUGCCGUCCAAGGAGCAGGCGCACCCUGUCGGGCCCUUUUACGAGGCCAUCCUCCGCACUCCCAAGCCAUUCCCCCAGAAGAAGCCUGAAGAGCCGCCGGUGACAUCCCAGGAGUCGCCCGCGGCCGAGGAGAAGCCCUCGCAACCGGCAGCCGAGGACAAGGCGGCCGCUGACGAAGACAAGAAGCCCGCGGCACGGCGCCCUCGCAAACCGAAACAGCCCGCCGCCGCCCCCAACAAGGACGAGACCCCCAAGGCCAAGUCGGUUCCCUCUUCAUCCUCCUCUCCCUCAUUCAUACCUACUCCUUCCACCCCGGAGACCCGAGCAGACAAGAACCCGCCAUCUAACAACGACCCCGCAUCACAGGCCCGCAUCAUCAUCGGGUCCCGCCUAGCCGGCCCCGCCGAGCGCGCCGAGCGGCUGGCCCGCCUCCGCGCCGAGAGCCGCCUCGUCGCCGGCGUGCUGGUGCCGCCCAAGCCCGAGGAGCCCGACAACUGCUGCAUGAGCGGUUGCGUCAACUGCGUGUGGGAUCGGUACCGCGACGAGAUGGAGGAGUGGGCUUUUCGGAGCGCCGAGGCCGAGCGCAGGCUGCGGGCGAUGGAGGCCGGCGGGCAGGUCGGCGCCACCGAGGAGAGUUUUGAGGCGGUGGAGGAGCGCGGGCGGGGGAUGCAGCUGGGCGUGCAUGACGAGGUUAUGGAUCGGAUGGAUGAGGAUGGCGGUGGUUCUUCUUCCUGUGUAACUCUGGGCUGGGACGGGGUUAGUAAAGGCGGGGCAACGGGGAGGAUUGUCAAAGAUUUCUGGGAUGAGGAGCUGUAUAAAAACGUGCCGGUGGGAUUUAGAGAGUUUAUGAAGCAGGAGAAGAGGUUAAAGGAGAAGCAUAUGCGAGAGGCGACAAUGGGUGGGUAA